AUGGAGAACGCACUGCAGUCGCUCACCAACACGCUCGAGGCCAUCAACAGCCGCCAGGCAGCUGCCCGUAGGCGCGCCAGGAAGGGCGUCGACGCUACGCCAUUCACCUCGGCCGUGCUCAAUCGCGAGCGUCUCGACAUCUACACCUACAUCCGCGACGCCGACGCGCACACCGAGGCAAACCUCUUCUGGUAUCCGCCCGUACCCCAAUCAGCCUCCGCCUCUCGCGCAGGCCCCAGCUCCUCGACGCACAAUCGCUCCGCCCACUCCACUCGCAGCUCGAGUGCAGCUCAUCUCGGCGAUGAUACCGCCGACGCCAACCUGCUCCUCGCGCCCCGUCUUCCUGAACCCAGGCAGGUGGCUCCUCCAACGCCGCUGCGCAACAACCAUGCCGGCUCCACCUUCCAGGGCCAGAAUCAGGCCAACGACGAUCCGCGUCUGUUGCUCAUGGCUGCACUCCGCCUCAACGAAACUUGUGGCAAAGGCACGCGCACGCGCAAGUACAUCAAGGGCCUCCUCAAGACACACUCCAAUCUCGCCCAGUCCAUCAAAUCGUACGAGCUCCAGAUUCGUCAGAGCGAGGCCGAGCUGCGUGCCAAUGCAGAGGGAAGACCCGGUGCUGUCGCUUCGGGUGCCGGCGCAGCUCACGACGCGUCGCACCCGGACAAUGCGGCAUCUGCGCUCGAUGAGGCCAACAUGCUUCUGUCGGAAGUGCAGGAGAGCAUCCGCAAGGAGGAACUCGAGAUCCUCGCGCUCGACGAGAUGAUUGGCGAGCUGCGUCAGGCCCGAAACGAUCGCCAAAAGCAGGAGCUUCAAAAGCAACAGCAAGCUGCCCUCGCUGCCGACGUCACCUUGCAGACGCACGAGCGCAGUGCACUGCGUGUGCUCCCACGCGAAUCGCUCGGUCGAUCCGCGGCUGACGAUGCACGCGCCCAACAAGCUGUGCGCGAGGCUAGCCAACCUCCGGCGCAAGACGACGAGCAAGAGCUGCUGGACAGCCCUCUCGACGUCUCGAACCAGACGGCGGACGCGGACUUUGUUGCCGAGGAAGCUGACGAGUCCGCCAUGGUUGCCCAAGUACAGCACAAUGUCGACGAGACGGUGGAGCCUGACUCGUCCUUCGCGAGCUCACACCACGAUACCUUGUUGCAGCAGUCUUCCAACGCGGAUGCUGACCUCACGAUCCAGCAUGGCGAGCAGGACCACGUCGAGUCGGACGAUGCAAAUGAGUUGGCAGACAACUCUGCUGCCAUCCUCCCUGCCGACAUCCCGGUGGAAGCCGUGGCAGCGCACACCCAAGAAUCUGCGCCAUCGCAUCUGCACGUCCCGGCGCAACAGAGUUCCGACGAGCUCGAGCGCGUCACGCAAAAGGUGUGGGAGGUGUUUGGAGACGCUCUCCGCUUUGUCGCACCCGAGCGCGAAAGCUCCAGCUACGCAGACACGCUCGACGUGCUCAAGUCGCUGAUGAGCGGAGGCGAUCGACCGAAUCUGGGCGACUACUCAGUCGGCUCGGUGCAGACCUCUUCGACCACGACGACGACGAGCGAGGCGUCGGGUGCAGCGACGGCGGCUCAGCUUACGCCCGAGGUGCUCAUGACGGCCUUUGUCAUCUUCCAGAUGCUCGUGUCGGAGGAGCCGCACCAGCUCAACAUCGACGAACUCAAGGUGCGCGGCCACGAGUGGUGGGCUGCGUCGGGCAUGCAGGUGUGGAUGCAGGCGCGAAGCCACGAGGAGGGCGAGGUGCCCAGUCGCAUCGAGGCGUUUGAAGACGGGCAGAACCUGGCGAGGAAAGCGACGUACGGAAUGAUCUCCAAGCAGCUCUUUGCGAUCCGACGCCAGAAGGGUGUUGGCCUCGUUGGGUUUGCAUAG